AUCAGUGGAGCCCUGUAAAUCCUGAUGGUAAACGUCAGUAUGACCGCAGAUUUCUCCUUGAGCUCCAGAAUAACCCACUCUCCCUUAAGAAGCCGGAGUCCCUCCCCAACUUGGAGGUGGUCCGUGAUGGUCCAGGAAGGCUUAAGCCUUUCGACCGGGGUGUAGGUGUUUCACAUGGCAGCAGUGGCCCAGACUUUACUCCUGAUUAUUUCAAGUCUACAGUUCCAAGCAAGAGAGGAGUACCAGGGCGCAAUAGCCAACAGCGCCGAGAACCAGGAGGUGGACCUGGAAGCAGAAAUGACAGAGGAGGAAGUGGCCGUGGACAGAGUAAGGUCAUCAUCAUCCCUCUCUCAACGGGACGUGAAACUAAGCUGAAGACGACAGAAAAUGCUUGGAAGCCUUCUGUUAAGGAGUCGAAUGUUAAUGAUGAGGAAGCUCAGACUAUUGAGGUGGUGAAGAGGAUGAGAGGCAUCUUAAAUAAACUGACUCCAGAGAAAUUUGAGAAACUUGUUGGUACAGUCAAUCAGAUGCCCAUUGACACCACAGAAAGACUUUCAGCUGUGAUUGAUCUUAUUUUUGAAAAGGCUGUGGAUGAGCAGUUUUUCUCAACCUAUGCUCAGAUGUGUCAAGUACUCUCCAAAAUGUCUGUCCGUGGGGAAGGUUCAGACUCCAGCAACAGCAAGUCUGAAGUUAAAUUUAGGAAUCUUAUAAUUAAUAAGUGCCAGAAAGAAUUUGAAAAAGAUAAUAUGGAAGAAUUUAAGGCUACCAGACGGAAAGAAAUAGAUGAAUGUUCUGAGGCUGAGAAGAAACAAGAAUUGUUAAUGAAGUUAGAUUAUGAUGAGACCAAAUUAAGAAAAAGGUCUGUAGGCAACAUUAGGUUUAUUGGAGAGCUCUAUAAGCUACGCAUGUUGACAUCACCGAUUAUGAUGCGCAUUAUCGGUACACUCUUGGAAAAGAGAGAUGAAGAGUCCCUUGAGUGCCUAUGUAAACUUCUUACUACAAUUGGCAAGCUCUUGGAAAACACAGUGCAACCAGCAACAAAGGCAAUGCCGUGUAGGUUCCUAAUGAUGGAUGUGAUUGACUUGAGGCGAAACAAGUGGGUUCCAAGAAGAGAAGACAACAAGCCCAAAACCAAGGCUCAGGUCCAUGAGGGUGAAGCAAAGAGAGAGGAGAUUGAGCAGAUUGCCCUUGCUUCAACUCCAAACCGAGAGAUGAUAGGAGAGAUGACCGUGACCCGGGAGCAGCGAGGGCAAGGAUAA